AUGGCGGAGCUGCCUAUCGCCCCGGGCCAGAUCUACAUCGAGGUGGAGUACGACUAUGAGUACAAGUCCAAGGACCGCAUCAUCACCAUCCACCAGGGGGAAUGUUACAUGCUGGUCAAGAAGACCAACGAGGACUGGUGGCAGGUGAGGAAGGACGAGGAGAGUAAAGCUUUUUAUGUACCCGCACAGUAUGUCAGAGAGGUCCGCAAAGCCCUUAUGCCUCCUCCGAAACCUCUACCGCAUCCUCCCGUUGCCUCUGGAAACCCACCCACGCAAAGUGGCGGAGUACUCUGGAUAAAACCAACCAACCUAGAUCUGGGACCUUCAGCUGAAAACCUCCACAGACACGACUCCAGCUAUCAGCGUUCACCCACCGCCUCUUAUGGACAUUCAAGUCCUCCGAUUUAUCGCAGGGACAGCAAAAACCACCACCCGCCUCCUAUCACACCCGCCGAUCCCGAGAGAGCUCUGGCCGAGAUCCUCGUCCAAGGCCCCCACCCUCCCCACCGAGGCGGGUCGAGCACUCUGCCGCGCACCCGAGCCCGAUCCCCAGACAUGGUCAGAGCCCCGCUGGAUGUGGACAGCACCCAUCACUGUGACUCUGCGGGCGAAGAGAGGCGCACCAACGACUCGGAGUCGGGAGACGAGCUGAGCAGCAGUUCGACUGAACAUCUCCAGACGGUGUCCUCGUUAGGCCACGGCCGCCCCGAGUCGCCCGUCUACACCAACCUCCAGGAGUUAAAGAUCACCCAGUCCAACCAGCCCCCCCCGCCCUCCAGCUCCCCGGUCCACGUGCUGGGCGACUGGGAGACCUACAAGGACCAGAACGGCAGGCACUACUACUACAACCGCUCCACCCAGGAACGGACCUGGAAGCCGCCUCGAGCCCGGGACGCCAGCACCGGGAACUCAAGAGGAGACAGCCACAGUGCAGGAGAGAGCUCGGAGACCACUCCUCUCUCGCUAUCGCCGUCUUUCCUCCCCUUCCUCUCGCUCUCCAUCGGCCGUCUCCAGCCUCUCUCGUCGGAGGACACCUGCUUCAGUACCUACUCUAGCCAAUCAGACAGUCAGUAUGGCUCGCCGCCUCGUGGCUGGUCAGAGGAGAUGGACGAGCACGGCCACACGCUGUACGUCAGCGACUAUACUAAUGAGAAGUGGUUAAAACACGUAGACGACCAGGGCCGACCGUAUUACUACAGCGCAGACGGCUCCAGGUCAGAAUGGGAGUUGCCAAAGUACAACCACUCCCCUCCUCAGCCAUCCGGAGACGCUCCCAAGAGUCGGAGUCUGGACAGGAAGAACGUGGAGCCCAUCGUCCUGACCAAGUGGAGACACAGCGCUUACGUCCAAGACCCUAGUGACAAGCGGCUGCUCAAAACCAGGCGUUUCCGCUCAGGCUCUGCCCGUCUCCACCCGUACAAACACCAAGACGCUCCAUCGGGGCCCAAGUCCCCUUCUCCCGACUCUGACUCCAGCCCUUCAUCUCCAAAGCCCCCCACAUCUCCGUCUGAAAAGUGCGGCGUUCUAAAUGUGACAAAGAUAACAGAGAACGGCAAGAAAGUUCGGAAGAACUGGACUUCUUCUUGGGCGGUUCUGCAAGGAUCCGUGUUGCUGUUUGCUAAAGGCCAAGGAGGCGGGACCAGCUGGUUUGGAGUCGGUCAGUCCAAACCAGAGUUCACCGUGGAUCUGAGGGGCGGCUCGGUGGAGUGGGCAUCAAAGGACAAAUCCAGCAAGAAGCAUGUUAUAGAGGUGAAGACUCGACAGGGUACGGAGCUGCUGAUCCAGUCAGAAAACGAUGUCGUCGUUAACGACUGGUACCGAGCGCUGCUGGACACCAUCAGCACCCAUGCAUGGGAGUCUGAUGAGGCAAUAGAAGAGGACAUGCCCGAUUCACCAGGUACAGAGAAAAACGACAAGGAGAAAGAACUCAGAGACUCCAAGAAAGGCAGAGCCAUGAAGAACUCGGCCAGCAUGGACACCUCGGACAACAAGAAGACGAGACACAAGCUGAAGAAGUUCCUCACCCGCCGUCCCACACUGCAGGCCGUCAGAGACAAAGGAUACAUCAAAGAUCAGGUGUUUGGCUGCAGUCUCUCCAGUCUGUGUCACAGGGAGAACAGCACGGUGCCCAGUUUCGUCAAGAUGUGCAUCGACCACGUGGAGAACAACAGUCUGUGUGUGGACGGGCUGUACAGAGUUAGUGGAAACCUUGCUGUCAUACAAAAACUACGCUUUGCUGUCAAUCACGAUGAGAGGGUGAACCUGGCAGACUCGAAGUGGGAGGACAUCCAUGUGACCACCGGAGCUUUAAAGAUGUACUUCAGAGAGCUGCCGGAGCCGCUCUUCGGCUUCGCUCUGUUCCACGAAUUUGUCAGCGCCAUCAAGAAUCCAGACUACAAGCAGCGAGUUCAUUCCAUCAUAGAGCUGGUCAGACUGCUGCCCAAGCCAAACCACGACACCAUGCAGGCACUCUUCAAACAUCUCCGAAGGGUGAUCGACCACGGGGAGGAGAACCGUAUGACCACCCAGAGCGUUGCCAUCGUGUUCGGCCCCACGCUGCUGCGGCCUGAGACAGAGACCUUGAACAUGGCGGUCCACAUGGUCUACCAGAACCAGAUAGUGGAGCUUAUACUGCUGGAGUACGAGAACAUUUUCGGGAGGUAGACGGAGGAGGAGACGCCUAAGGAUGAGCCGUUUCUUCUUCAUUAUUAUUAUUUCCCCCUCAUCCUCCUACCAACGCAGAGCUCUUCCUAACCCGGCACGGCUCGGCUCGGCUCGGCGUGGAUCUGGAUCGGGGGGAAGCUUUUUCUUCAUCUCAAACCAACUUGUGGUCACCGGCUUUCUCCAAAUAUUGCAAAAACCUACCGGACCAAAGCCACGCAUUAAAAAAAAAAGUCCUCAUGAACCGAAACAAAAAAAAAAAAAAAAAAACAUAGCGUAACUAACUAAAACUAACUAGCGACCAAAAAUUUUAGACUCUUUGCACUUUUCAGUAUCUCAUUAUUUCUCCUCCUGCAGCUGCAUUUGUGCCACUUUACUGCAAAAAGGUGACGUCCUUCCUGUCCCGACACUGGAUUUCCUAAAAAAACAAAAAACUGAUACGUGGGCCAAACAAGUCGCUACUGCUGCACAGACUGAGACCAAAAGGAGCUGCAGAAUAAUGAGCCUCUGUAGAGCUCUUACAGAGGAAGGCGUCAGUAUUUUGGAAGGUUUAAUGACGCUGGCUG